GAGCAUGGCGCCCUAGGGGCCGGGCCAUGUCGAAGGGCAGCCGGGCCCUGCUGCAGCGCUGGGGCGCCAGCUUCAGGAGGGGCGCCGACUUCGACUCGUGGGGGCAGCUGGUGGAGGCCAUAGACGAGUAUCAGAUAUUAGCAAGACAUCUUCAGAAAGAGUCCCAGUCUCAGCAUAAUGAUUCUGAAUUUACUGAAGAACAAAAGAAAACCUUAGGAAAAAUCGCAACAUGCUUGGAAUUGCGAAGUGCAGCUUUGCAGUCCACACAGUCUCAAGAAGAAUUUAAGCUGGAGGAUCUGAAAAAACUAGAACCAAUCCUAAAGAAUAUUCUUACUUAUAAUAAAGAAUUCCCCUUUGAUGUUCAGCCUGUCCCACUCAGAAAAAUUUUAGCACCGGGUGAAGAGGAGAAUUUGGAAUUUGAGGAAGAUGAAGAAGAAGGUGGAGCUGGAGCAGGGUCUCCGGACUCCUUCCCUGCUAGAGUUCCAGGAGUCACUGAAGGUACUUUAUUACCAAGGUUGCCAUCUGAACCAGGAAUGACGUUACUCACUAUCAAAAUUGAGAAAAUUGGUCUGAAAGAUGCUGGGCAAUGCAUCGAUCCCUAUAUUACAGUUAGUGUAAAGGACAUGAAUGGCAUAGAUUUAACUCCUGUGCAAGAUACUCCUCUGGCAUCAAGGAAGGAGGAUACAUAUGUGCAUUUUAAUGUUGACAUUGAACUCCAGAAGCAUGUUGAAAAAUUGACAAAAGGUGAGGCAGUCCAUUUGGACCCAAGUUCCAAGGCUGUGCACACGUUUCUGAACAUUGUUAAACUUCUAGUAACUUGUGCAGCUAUUUUCUUUGAAUUCAAACACUAUAAGCCCAAGAAAAGGUUUACCAGCACCAAGUGUUUUGCUUUCAUGGAGAUGGAUGAAAUUAAACCAGGGCCAAUUGUAAUAGAACUGUACAAGAAACCCACUGAUUUUAAACGAAAGAAACUGCAGUUGUUGACCAAGAAACCACUUUAUCUUCACCUCCAUCAAACGUUGCACAAGGAAUGAUGCUGACGUGAUUCUCCUGCAAUUUCUGUGAACUGAACCACUCCCUAUAAAUCACGGUAGCUCUGUGUAGCACAUUCUUCCUUCAACAGGCAGGAAAGUAGCCACCCUCAUGGCCCUUGGUCACAGUGAUGCAGAUCUGGACCUCACCGGUAGAUAUCUUGCCUGUCACGCAAAUAUGAGAUGCCUAGGGUUCCUUUGGACGCAGAUUUUGCCACAUAAUUCUUGAAAUCUCUUAUGAGAGUUACGUGAUUUGUUGUCUAAAUUUUGUAACGUACCGCAGUUUCUAUCCUUCCAUUCCCCCAUCGAAAAAACCGAAACUAGAACCUGGGUGGGAAAUGCCCUUUUUCUGACUUGAAUCAGUAAUCCGAAUGUGCCAUCUGCUUGUUUUUUGGCAUGAGUGCAUUUUCUUGGACAUGGAUUAACCAUCACCUUAUUAAUUAGCAGUGGGAGGAGCUUGGUAGGGGAGAGAUUUUUCAAGUCGAGGCAUCCACAACUGACAGAGGCUGCUGGUCAGAAGUGGCUCUCCACCUGUCCCCCCCCCCAAGAGUUUGUCCAUCACGGGCAGGCUAAAGAAAGGGAGACCACAGUGGAGCCCAGAACUUUUCUGUGUACACGAGUCCCGAUGGGGGUUUUCCGAAUUGCAUCAACCAGUUCUUCACAUUUUGAACCCCCCAAACACGUAGUACAGUACUCUAAUAAAACUGAGAGAGACGUCACCUAGAUUAGUAUUCCCAGUCAUCGUGCCACUGUUCUUCCUGGGCACGUGUGAAUGGCCGAUAGGAGAAGAGCCUGGAAUUGUUGCAAAAUCAUUUCCAUUUCUGUGAAAAUGUUUGAUCAAGAAGUGGCCUAGGUGGCUUCUAAGAUGCCCGGCCUAAAAACAAUCCAACUCAGUCGCCUAAAGAUACCCCCUGCGAGGGGGUCUGCUGUUUUACUGAAAACUGAUUGUGAGUCUUUGAAAACUUGCAUAGCUCUUCUUACAAUUAUGUGUAUGCAAGGCUGGAAACUUUAAAUUUAAACUUUAAAUGUUCAGAUAAUUUCUUUUGUGAUAUAGCUAGGACUAGUAGUUAUUUUUUAUUCCGAUGUGUUGAGAUUCACCCAUAUGAAAAGAUGCAGGUCAUUAGCUUAUUAUAAUUUGAAUAAUUACAUUACUUUUGAUUAAUAAUAAAGGGACAUAAAUAGAACCCAGACAGACCUUCCAUUAUACUCAUUAGAUGGGAUAUUUAAUACAGUACUUUAAGGUCUGUGGUGAGCUUUAUGUGGAUUAUAUAUAGUACCCACGUACUUUCAUAUACGUUUUUAUAUACUAGUAAGAAAAUCCAGCAGCGGGGGAUUGCGAUGUCAGCUUCUUUUGUACCCAAAUAGACCUACCAUUCGUUUGCUUCGUGUAUCAUGUAACACUAACCAAUGACAUAAUUUUUAUAGGUGAGCCCAAUCAAAACUAUUCAUUCUGGCCUCAUUUGGGAGAUGUAUUUUGUAUUUACACCAGUCUGUUUAGAUCAUUUCUACGAAGUGUUGGAUGAUAAUAUGAUCAAAGUGGGCAAGUCUCCCAGUAGUUUGCCACUAAAUUUGAUCAAGUGUCUCUUUUCCCAUCUCUUGAAGGAGGUGGUGAAAAAACUCCUCAUAUGCACAGUUACAAAGCCGAGCUGCCAAAAUCCAGCCUCGCUAGUAGCGGAUGAAGAAUUUGCCACACAAAACUUAGGGUCGUCUUCCUAUAAUCUCCUGCUACCUGGUGGCUUGAUAAAUAUGAAUGAUUGAUUGGCUUUGAGAGCAGUUGUUGGACUCACAGAUUGCAAACUCCUUGAGGGCAGAGAUCGAAUCUUCUGCAAAUUAUGUAGUCUCCCUAGAGCACUUUGUACAGAACCAUUCACCCUGGGGGGUGCUCAGUAAAAUAUUAAUGAUGAUGCAUUUUUAUAAGUACACUACAUCAUCACAAAAAUACCUCCUCAAUUAAAAUGUAACAACCUGUAACUUGGUUUAUUCUCUCUGGUCCGUAUACCUCAAGGGAAGAAAUAUUACUGUGGCCUGGCAGAAGGAGCUCGGGCUUGGGAGUCGGUUCUAAUCCCAGCUCCCCCCCUUUCCUGCUGUGGGAUUGUGGGCGAGUUACUUCCCUGUGCCUGUUCCCUCAUCUGGAAAAUGGGGAUUCAGUAACUUGUGAGCCCAAUGAGGGACAGGGACGACGUCCAACCUAAUUAUCUUGUACCUACCCCAGCGCUUAGGAACAAGUGCUUGACAAAUGUCACCGUUGCUUGAAGCAAAAUGGGAGUUUACCCUAAGGUUUUUCACGUUAUUUUGUAAGUGUGGUUCCGACAAACUAAUGCAGUUUGAAGAGGUGUGAGAGAUGUCAGCCUCAACAGCUUGGCUUCAAUUUUCUGAUCUAAAAAUGUGUUUCCAAAUAGGUGAUUGUCUCCCAGUUGUCUCCUCUCCUGUUAAGGCUGUGAGUUCUGUAUGCUAACUCAUUUAACUAAUCUUUUCUGUAGAUAGGCCUGGAGCACUGAGCAGAAACUACCUUUUGUUUGUCUUUCCAGGACAGAACUGUACUGAUGCACAAACAAGAUGACAGUGCAAAUGAACAAAAGAGACUGAGCAGGGAGGUAGCACAAUACACCCAUUUCUGAGGGUGUAAUUCAAUGGUUUGCUGUGGAGCAGUACAAGCUAAGGGUGCUCUAAUUUAUUUCUGAGAAGUGGUGUAAUAGCAGGGUUGUGUGUUUGAGGGUUUGGGAUUUAGUUUGAACCUGCUCGUAUUAGUCAACAUCUCUAAAUUUAUUAAAACGUGAGAUCCACGUAUGCCACAAAGUUACUUUUUUGGUCAAAUGAAACCCUAGAAAAGAAAGUCCUGGUUUUGUGCAGAUGAUCAGGUUCAUUUAGCUCUGAUACUGUGAUUUCUAACUGGAAUUUGUACCCAUCCGGUGUUUACUACUUUUAGAAACUGUUUUUGUAUGGUGGGGCUAGUCCAGGUGUAGAAAACUUGUAUUUGGAAGCAUGAAUGAUAAAAUUAGUUAUUUUACUCAUGUUAAAUCCCUAUUCCAUGCUGUGAAAUGGAAUAUUCUUCCAAGGUUAUGUUUCUCCCACUCUUGACUUUAAGCAGCUUAAAGGAGACAGUUGAAGAGUCAACUUUAUUCCUUUAUACUGUUUUCUUGUAGACAUUUAAAAAGUUGCCCUUUUUUGCAGGCCAUGCUGUGAAAUGGAAUAUUCUUCCAAGGUUAUGUUUCUCCCACUCUUGACUUUAAGCAGCUUAAAGGAGACAGUUGAAGAGUCAACUUUAUUCCUUUAUUCUAUUUUCUUGUAGACAUUUAAAAAGUUGCCCUUUUUUGCAGGCCACAACUGUCUCCUGCAAUUUUGCAGUGGCCCCUGCUGCCAAAGGAAUAUAGAACUAGUUUCCUUCCUUUGGGUCCAAAAUGUAAAUUGGGUCCCAACCUUUUCCACCUUAUGUUUGUGUAGCAUUAUUAUGCUGAACACAAUUUAUAUCUAAAUAAGUUACCAAAGGUGCUGUAAAAAUCAAUGCAGUCGGGUACAAGAAUGGCAAAUUUUUUUUUGGAAACAUUGUUUUAGUGAUGAAAUAGCAAUACGUAUCCCUGAGAUGUUUCUUUUGUUAGUUUUUAAAUUUGAAGUUCACCCAAUUUGUAAGUCUGCAUGUAUGGCAUUUGAAAGUCAAAGAUGAAGCUCAGUGUGGUGGGUUAACUGGGACUGGAUUAGCUGAUUGUGUAGGAUGGCAUUUGAGUGACAUGUUUCAAUGAAAAAUUAUAUAUGUUUCAACAAAACUCCUGCUAUCUUC